UAAUUAUUUUUGUAUAUAAUUAUACAUAUUUUGUAUAUAAUUAUACACAUUUAUAUAUGUAUAUUUUUAUUUUUACCGAGUGGUUACUAUCCAAUGAUAAAUGAUGCGAUAUGCAAGUGCACGGCACUUCACGGAACUGUACGGAAAGACACGGGCGAUGUAUACGUUAUAGUCGUAAAGAAUGUCUAUUGCAGUAUUCACAUUCAGUCUCUCGCGAGUAAUCGCACGGUAUACUGAUAUCUGUGUCUAAGAUAUUUCUAGCACAAAUUUUUACGUUUAGUGUCGGCAUUCCUUCAAUGUAAAAAUAAAAGUAUUGUGUACUAUUUUAUUUAUCCGAGAAGACUCAAUAAAUUCAACGAUUUAUAUUACACAACUUCAGCAGCUAAUAUGGAUACUGUUCAUGAUCCAUAUUUGAGACACUUGUUCGAUGGUGAUCCAAUAUUUAAUGUUUACCAUCACGAGGCCAUAAACUUAUCGGUCGGAGCACCUGGUCCUGACCUUUUAAAACAUUGUAUAAAAAUGCUGAAUAGAUCUACGCGACAUAGAUUGGAAGAAGAGGAAAAUGAAGGGAAAUAUUAUCUCUUUCAAUAUGGUAUCACGGCGGGUUUUUGGGAAUGUCGCGAUGAGUUAGCAAAGUUUUUAAGCAGACGAUAUGACAAUCCCGUAAAAAGAGAGCAACUGAUAUUAACAUGUGGAGCAUCACAUGGUCUUCAAUUAUUACUGAAUACCAUACUAUCACCGAAUGGCAUUAUCUUUGUAGAAGAAGUUACUUAUAUGAUUGCUCUCGAUGCUUUUAAACAGUUUCCAUUAAUUCAAAUAGUUACAGUGCCAAUGAAAAAUGACACAGUAGAUUUAGAUGCAUUCGAAAAGAUAAUAACUGAAGAAAAGGCAAAAAGCAACUUUUUUCUAAACGAUCAAAAAAUAUUCUGGGCGAUGUUCUAUACAAUACCAAUUUUUCAUAAUCCAACUGGAACGACGUUGUCACAUGAUCAGUGCAAACGUUUAGUGGAAAUUGCACGAAACAAUUCCAUAGUAGUAGUUUGCGAUGAUGUAUACAAUUUGCUUUAUUAUGGACAAGGAUCUCCGCCACAACGUUUAUUUUCUUAUGAUAAUCCAAAAGAUUCAAAUUAUAAAAGAGGGAACAUUGUAUCCAACUGUUCAUUCUCUAAAAUAUUUUCGCCCGCGAUCCGUUUUGGAUGGAUCGAAUGCAGUCCGCGUAUUGUAAACAUUAUAAAGACAUCAGGCAUAUUGUGCAGCGGUGGAGCAGUUAAUCAUUAUGUUUCCGGAGUAAUUACGAGUAUGCUUCAUGAAAAUCUCGAGGACAAGUACCUUGAUAAGAUUAUAAAAAUCUACAAGGAACGAUUAGAUAUGCUUUGUACAACAUUGAAUCAUUUUCUGCCAAACUGUUGUUCAUAUCAGCGACCAGCAGGUGGUUAUUUUGUUUGGAUCCAUCUUCCUUCGGAUAUGGAUGCUACCGAAUUCAUCAAAUGGUGUCAAAAGGAAUAUAAAGUAUCAGCGAUACCAGGUGUUCGAUUUUCAUAUAAAGGUGAAGCAAAAAAUUUUUUACGUUUAAGUAUAGGAUUUCACACAAAAGAAGUUUUAGAGACUGCGACACAAACUUUAUGCAAGGCACUUUUAAUAUACAUUAAACAUAAGAUUAAUUAUAAAAGUAAUCAAGUAUUACAAGUAAAAAUGACUUAAAGGCAUUAAUAAAUUUUUUAAAAAUUAUCAGAAUUUGAAAAACAAGAUAAAAUGUAUAAAGAAUAUGUAUAUGUUAAGUAUACACAAAUCCAGAUUAUUGUCUAUUUCAGACAAGUAAGACUUAUAAAAAGUAUUGUAUACCUUUAGUAUAAGUUAAAUUAAAUUUAACACACACACACACACACACACACACACACACACGCGUGCGCGCGCAAAUAUAUGUUCUUUGAUAUAUUAUGAAAGUAAAGAUAUAUAUAUACAUAUUUCUU